AAUCCAACACUACAGCUGACUGACUGCUGCUUUAGAGUGCUUUCACAUUCUCUAAGAAGGAAAGCAGAUUGGGGUUAGGUGGGUAGUGCGGUCGGAGUAAUUACAAUGGAUAAUUUAACAGAGGACCACCAAGAACGCAACAUUGGUAUUGACGGCCAUAUAAAUAUUGGUAAUAUUGGCGGAGAAGUCAAUCACAAUUUUGAUACUGAGAAGACUGCUAGUAGUACUGCUCUUGCUAGAGAAGAAUUAGGAGAAAAGGACAUGUCACCAGUGGCCGGAAAUUCGAUGCACCGGUCAUCUUCUCGGCCACAAUUGGACCUCAGUGGAGCAGCCAUACAAGGGAAUUUCGAGGAGAAAGACCCAACUAUUCUAUUGCCUAAUCAAUCUGAUGAUAUUUCUCACUUGGCUUUGGAUAUUGGAGGAUCUCUUAUUAAGUUGGUGUAUUUCUCAAGACAUGAGAAUCAACCAGUCAAUGAUAGGAGGAGAAAGAUAAUCAAGGCAAGACUUGGGAUUACCAACUCAAAUAGAAUGAGCUACCCAAUUCUUGGUGGGAGGUUGCAUUUUGUAAAGUUUGAAACAGCUAAAAUUAAUGAGUGCUUGGAUUUCAUCUACUCAAAGCAACUUCAUCACAGUGGAAUGGAUUCCCGGCAUUGGCAAUCUGAGAGUCCAAACACCGGGAACACCAUAAUUAAGGCAACAGGUGGUGGGGCCUACAAGUUUGCUGAUCUUUUCAAGGAAAGGCUGGGAAUUAGUAUAGAAAAAGAGGAUGAAAUGAAUUGCCUAGUGGCAGGUGCAAAUUUUUUGCUAAAGGCAAUUCGACAUGAAGCUUUUACACAUAAAGAGGGACAAAAAGAGUUUGUGCAGAUUGACUCCAAUGACUUGUUUCCUUAUCUUCUCGUCAAUAUAGGAUCUGGUGUCAGUAUGAUCAAGGUUGAUGGAGAUGGAAUAUACCAGCGUGUUAGUGGAACAAAUGUUGGCGGGGGAACAUAUUGGGGUCUGGGAAAGCUGUUAACCAAGUGCAAAAGUUUUGAUGAACUGUUGGAGCUGAGCCAACGGGGAGAUAACAGAACCAUUGACAUGCUUGUUGGUGAUAUUUAUGGCGGAAUGGAUUACUCUAAGAUUGGUCUCUCUGCAUCGACAAUUGCUUCUAGUUUUGGCAAGGCCAUAUCUGAAAACAAGGAGCUUGAAGACUACAGACCUGAAGAUAUAUCUCUGUCCCUCUUAAGAAUGAUUUCCUAUAAUAUUGGUCAGAUAUCUUAUUUAAAUGCAUUGCGGUUUGGGCUUAAGCGAAUAUUUUUUGGAGGCUUUUUCAUCAGGGGCCAUGCAUACACUAUGGACACCAUCUCAUUUGCGGUCCAGUUCUGGUCAAAGGGGCAAGCACAGGCAAUGUUUUUGAGACAUGAAGGGUUUUUAGGAGCUUUAGGUGCAUUUAUGAGUUAUGAAAAGCAUGGGCUGGAUGACCUUAUGGUUCAUCAGCUCGUAGAAAGAUUCCCCAUGGGUGCACCAUAUAUUGGAGGAAAUGUCCAUGGUCCACCUUUGGGAGAUCUCAAUGAGAAGAUAUCGUGGAUGGAGAAAUUUGUGCAGAAGGGAACUGAGAUCACUGCUCCUGUUCCAAUGACUCCUCCAGGAACCACCGGCCUUGGAGGCUUUGAAGUUCCAUCAUCUAAAGGAGAUACCUUACGUCCAGAUGCUAGCAAGCUAAAUGUGGGUGUUCUCCAUCUUGUGCCAAGUUUGGAGGUCUUCCCAUUGUUGGCUGAUCCAAAAACAUAUGAGCCCAACACUAUAGAUCUUUCGGAUCACGGUGAGCUAGAGUAUUGGUUCACUGUCCUAUCAGAACAUAUGCCAGACCUUGUUGAUAAGGCUGUGGCUAGUGAAGGUGGUACUGAAGAUGCUAAGAGAAGAGGUGAUGCAUUUGCUCGUGCUUUCUCUGCUCACCUCGCGAGGUUGAUGGAGGAGCCAGCUGCAUAUGGGAAGUUGGGGCUGGCCAACCUCUUGGAACUAAGAGAAGAGUGCUUAAGGGAGUUUCACUUCCUUGAUGCCUACAGAAGCAUAAAACAGAGGGAAAACGAGGCAUCUCUUGCAGUUCUACCUGAUCUGUUAAUGGAAAUUGACAGUAUGGAUGAGGAAACAAGGUUGCUUACAUUAAUUGAAGGGGUACUUGCUGCAAACAUCUUCGACUGGGGAUCGCGUGCUUGUGUUGAUCUCUACCAUAAGGGGACAAUUAUUGAGAUAUAUCGAAUGAGCCGCAACAAGAUGCAAAGGCCUUGGGGGGUGGAUGAUUUUGACAUUUUCAAAGAAAGAAUGUUGGGUUCUGCGGGAAAGAAGCCUCGCCAAUAUAAACGAGCACUGCUUUUCGUGGACAACUCAGGUGCUGAUGUGGUAUUAGGAAUGCUUCCACUUGCAAGGGAAUUUCUCCGGCGUGGAACUGAAGUUGUGCUUGUUGCGAAUUCCCUUCCUGCCCUGAACGACGUUACUGCAAUGGAGUUACCCGAUAUUGUUGCUGAGGCUGCUAAGCAUUGUGACGUUCUUCGUGGGGCAGCUGAAGCAGGGGGCUUACUUGUGGAUGCAAUGAUCAACAUCCAAGAUAGUCCUACUAGAGAAAGGUCCAUCUCAGUGCCGUUGAUGGUUGUCGAAAACGGUUGUGGAAGUCCUUGCAUAGACUUGCGACAAGUGAGUUCGGAGCUGGCUGCGGCUGCCAAGGACGCUGAUCUGAUUAUUUUGGAAGGAAUGGGACGAGCUCUGCACACAAACUACAACGCAAAGUUCAAAUGUGAUGCUCUAAAGCUCGCAAUGGUAAAGAAUCAGCGCCUUGCAGCAAAGCUCAUUAACGGUAACAUAUACGACUGUGUGUGCCGUUUUGAACCAGCCAGCUGAAUGUCGAAAACCGUGUUCCCUGAUCGUGCUCUUGAGCUCAGUUUCCGGUAACAUUGUCCGACAGGGCAAUCAAUAGGAGGACAUAGGUUGUUGGAUCUCUCUGACUGUGAAGAGAGGACAGAUUUUUGAGUUCAAUAGAAGGAAAAGUACGCAGAGCUUGUUAGUUUCUGUUUAUCAGUCUCAGUAUUGGAUUUCUGUCUGUGUGAAAAUGAAAAAAGAAGAAAGGAAACAUAGGUGAAAAAUAUUUUCGCGGUAUUGUUCUUCAAUUAUUACCUUUAUUUUUUCUUUUUUGUAUAUAUACAUAUUAUUAAUUAUUAGCUGAAGAAGAUUAUAAAAUGUCAUUUUAAUAGCUA